GGCUUCAAUUGCUAGUCUCCGGUAAUUCUACGGCACGUCAUGUUCAUCAUCGAUACCCUCGACGCGUUGUCGACUCGACCUCGCGGCUGACCCAGGCGUCUUCGUUGGUGGAUGAAACAGAGUGACGUCAAGCACCUGGUGCAAUGUCGCCCACAGUCAUUACGUCACGACCGCUGUCGCCCAUCAGCACCACCACCAGUUGGCCGAGCAUCACAAACAUUGUGAAUAGAAGGAGCAGCCUCCUGCCUCCAAUCCAUCUCCUUCGCAACUUCAUAUUCCUCAGCUCCGCACUGAAAGCAUUCGAAACCCAAGCCAAAUCCACCAAAAUGUCCAGCAACAACUCAUCACAACAGCCCUCCCUCAUCGGCGGCCACGCCGAGUACGUCAAGGGCGCUGCAGAGGCUGCCAUUGGCGACAUCUCUGGCUCCCACGCGUGGAAGUCGUCGGGGGAGCAGGCCAAGGCCCACGCGGUCGGCACGAUGAAGGCGGCUGGCGAAGCCCGCGACGCCUCGACACAGGGCUACGGCAAGGUCGAGCAGAAACUGGGCGAGGUUACAGGCUGCGAGGGCAUGGAGAAGGAGGGCGCGGCCAGUAAGAAACCCGAAUGAACAAGCCGGCCAGGCCCCAUAGCCAACCAACAACCGUCGAAGCAGCACCCUGCACAGGCGGGCGCAAGUGGGAACGCCUGGCGGGGCCGACGGCUCGGCCAGUUUGACACAAAAGGUUAGCCAACCAGCCAUCGCCAGCCUCAAAGCGAGGGCACAAGGAACCACUCAGCGUACUCUCAGUUCAUAAGGUGUCAAUAAACGGUUUUCUUUGGUACUUUGUGUUUUCCUCUUCGUUCAAAGCCCGAAGAUGACUUGGGGAG